AUGGAGCCCAUUGCUAUCCUCUCCGUUGCCUGCAAUGUCCUCCAACUUAUCGAACAGGCCAUCGAUGCCGCUAGAGUCUGCAAGAAAUUCUACGACCGCGGUUCUCUAGAUGAGAACGAUAAGAUUGAGAAAUACGCUGAGGACCUCACGGCCUUGAACGAGGAUUUGCUCCUUGUACUCAACAAGAACCCAACGACCCUACCUCCUCGUGCCAAUAAGCUACGGCAACUUGCGAACGAUGUCUCAGAGACAGCGGUGGAGCUCAAGAAGGAGCUCAGUCAACUGAAACUCGAGAAAAAGCAGGGCAUCAGGGCCAAAGGCACCGCGUUCAAGAUGAUGUUCAAGAGCUUGAAGAAAAGGGGUACUAUUGAUAAGCUUCAAGCAAAGCUGAUGCAGCAAGAUGCCUCUCUGCAGUCUUGCCUGGUGAAAGAUCUUCAGGACGACCAGGACAAAUUGUCUCGACACAAGGAGUUCGCGGCCUUGUCGCAAGGCCAAAAGGACAGCAUUACAAAACUGCUAGGUCACAUUCAACAGGCCUCAACUGAUAUCAAGGCUUCAGUCACAGCUGCAGAGACAAACAUAACGUCAUCAAUCACAACUGCACAGGCAAAUAUAACGGCACAGCUGAACAGCCAGCAAAACGCCCAUACGAAAUAUACGCAAAGUCAGGAAUCGAUUGCUCUCAGGAUGCGAGUCCUAGAUGGCCUGGCUUUUCCCGAAAUGAAUGAUCGCCGCAAAAUGAUUGAAAACCAUGUGGGCGAGUUCGGGGACACCUAUCGCUGGAUAUUCUAUUCACCAACCCAGACCAAUUCUUAUCAGCGACAUGAGUUUCUUACAUGGCUUCGAAAAGGCAGGGGAAUCUUUUGGUUUAGUGGAAAGCCUGGAAGUGGGAAAUCGAGCCUCGUGGCUUAUAUUUACCAGAAUCUUCACACAGGCCAACCUGGCUUUGAUCAUUUGAAAGCCUGGGCCCAGCCGCAAUCUGUCUGCCUACUCAGUUUCUGGUUCUUCAGGCCCGCCAGCAGCGUACUUCUGAAAUCUCUGGAAGGGUUCUGGAGAUCACUGUGUUUUCAGAUCCUGGAAGUAGACGAGACGCUGGUUGAAACGAUCCGUAACAACAACGAUGGCUCGGCUCCCGAAACCCUCAAGUCAUUCUUUGGCCAAGUACUACCGCAUGCUCAAAGUUGGACGAAUACUGUGCUCGAGUCCUGGUUCAUAUACUUAGUGACACAUUCGCGAUACCGCUUCUGCAUCCUGGUUGAUGGUCUUGACGAAGUUGAGAAUGAUCGUGAGCGCAGAUCUCUACUCGAGGUUAUACAGCGUAUCGGAAAACUUAGUGGAAAGGUCAAACUCUGCUGCUCAAGUCGACCAGAGCAACCGUUCCACGACACUCUCUGUCAGUAUCCUUCGCUGAGAUUACAUGAUUACAAUUACGAAGACAUCGAGGAACACUGUCGCAACCGGCUUGGAGGAACUAAAGCAGCAGAUUACGCUUGGCGCAUCGCCCACCGCGCCGAUGGCGUCUUCCUAUGGGCUGCUUUAGUCGCGACGCAAAUUUUGUCUGGUAUAGAACAGGGCGACAGCGACGCAGACCUCGAUCUGCGCUUGGCAGAAUGUCCUGCCGAAAUGGAUGAACUCCUCUUGCGUUUACUCAAGAGACAGGACAAAUUCUAUGCAAAGCAUCCGAAACCAUAUCUGGCCCUGAUUGCUGCGGCGGCAACGAUCGAUGAGGCAGAGGUCCCCGACCCUGGCAUCACCUUGUUGGAACUACAUCUUGCGUCCCAGGAACAGAACGAGCUCGCUGCCAAUUUCCCAAACAACGUUCUUCAAUAUUGUCAAGAACUCUCCGAGCUCUCAGCUGUUGACCUGGAUAAGAAUGUGGUUUCCCGGUGUGCAGGUCUUGUUGAAUGUGAGGAUACCACCAAAUACCUUUUACCCGACCCGUGCCAUCAUGAGUCACUAUUCAGGUUGCAAAAGACGUGGGUGCAAUUUAUACACCGGAGUGUGUACGAUUUCCUACUCGACAAUGUCCGGUGCGGCACCGCGCUUGUUGAUGCUUGUGGCAUAUCUGAGCAAGAAGCAUUCAAACGGAUGGUACUAGCCUCUGCCGUAUGUUUCAUCAUCAACAGUAAUGCUGAAGUGCCAUGGAAAUGUUUGGCAUACAGCACAAGGGUACCCAAGAGCCACUGGACUCCGCUUGAGACAACUGUCCUUGAUGCUGUCUUCACGGUUCAGCAAACGCGAUUUCCUAUGACUCUUCCCAUGCAACCUGCCCAUCUAGACGAUGAAUGGAGAUAUUCCUUCCGUGAAUACGACUAUAGGCACGAUCAACAAAUUAGGUGCCCUCAUCUCUCCGCUGUCGACAAUCGCCUACUUUACCAAACUGCAGACUACUGCGUAUUGCCCUAUCUUGAGGAAAAGUUGGUAAAUUUCGACCAGAAAUACAGGAGCCUCGCCAUUGGAUUCUGCAUCCUGUGCCUGAUCCGCACCGCAGGCUGCUAUUGUAACCCUGGUGCUGUUAGCGACUUCCUGGGCGAUUUCCAAGCACAGCUAUCAUUGAGUCAAGAUCUCACAAUCUUUUACAUGUAUGAAGUUUUAUCUGUGAGGUUCUUGUCGACGUGCCCGUUCUAUGAACACGUCCACCUCGCAACAGCUGCGUCACUCUAUCGAUGGGGUGCUCGAUACACGACGAAGAUCAGGCAAGAUUUGAGGGAAUUGUGCUCAAGUCUUCGGCCUGAAAAUGGCAUCAGACCACGCAUUGACGGUUGGUCCUUAAUUGAACCAAGUAUUUUCUAUAACAUUGACGUUUUCCCUGUACCGGACCAAGGAGCAGCAUUUCCGGAGGACUCGAAGCGGGAACAUGUUUUGGCCACUUCUAUGUUGCUACUCGAACCUGAAGAGCUGAGUUUUCCCCAGUAUUCUCCCCCGGGAUCUGAUCUCUUCUUCGAUGUCGAGCCGAGAAUCAGUACGGCUCUAGCGCAACUUUUCACAGGAGCUUCACUGAGUGGCGAUGCUGAAUUCAUUCUAGCAGGGCACUUUGCGGACAUCCUUAAUUGCCAUUUAGAUGUAUUAACGCCCUGGAACAUUGCGUCGAUUGUCGUCAACACCAGAAACAGACAUUGGAAUCUCGCUCCUCUCAUCUUUUCAAAAGGCCGAUUUAAAGGCGUGAAUGUGAAAGAACCAGAAGCAAAAUUGUGGGAACAGCGUUUGAAGCAUGGAAAAUUUGACGAGGAUUUCGAGUCGGGUCCUGAGAAUGACCCUAUUCUGAGAGAAAUUAUGGGAGUAAUGGAGAAGCAACGCCACCGUUUUGCUUACGUUGAUGGGACAAGAACCAGGGAACCAGACUCGAAUGAGAUAGGUAAUGAAGAUCAAGAUGAAGAUCAAGAUGAAGAUCAAGAUGAAGAUCAAGAUGAGGACGAGGACGGGGACGGUGUGGGCCAAGAGCCUUCUGGGACAUGA